AUGCUGCCUGCCCUUCAGAAGCCCACGGGCAGGGCCGUGGGCGGUGUGUCGCCGGCCACACCCGAGUCUGUUGGCGACGAUGCGGCUAAGACAGACGCUAGUCCUGCUUCCACAUCCACUUCGUCCGACAACAUUCCAGACUCGCCGACCCUCGGGGUUAGAGGCAAAGCCAACGGAGGGGGCAAGACGGGGUCAGGUGAUGCCAAUGGCUUGCCUGGGCUGCCCAGCCAUGGCCAGGCCGCAGGAGCAAGCCCGCCAUUCACUCUCCCACAAGGGUCAAGUCCCAUUCGAACCUCCAGCCUAAAACGCACCCCCAAGGUUGGCAGCAAUGUACGGACUCUUUACCACGACGUUGCGGGCAUUCAUCCCCUAUUGCGAGAUGGGAACACAUCCGGCAUUGGCUCGUCACAGCGGCGGCCGGAGCCGCUGAUCUGGAGAGCAGGCACGCGAAACAAAGAGGGCGAGGGUGGUAAUGUCGGCAACGCUGCCGUAAAAGGCACGGGCACACUGAGUCCCGAAGAGGCGCGAGACGCCCUCUUCAUGUCCAACGUUUUCGCGUCCGACACGCCCCCAGAGUCACCAGAGUCGCCUGAGCAGUCAAAGAAGGCCGACUACAGAGACGUCUUCCGCAUGGUGCGGUCCAGGUCCGGGUUCGGCCCUGCCAUGGAAACCAUCAGCGAGGGCUCCAACGAAACCGAGUCUCACCAUGACGAUGUCCCACCGCCGCCCAUCCCUUUGCGUUCGGCCAGAAAUUUGGCUAGUAUCACGCAACCCAGAAAGGUAGCGGCCACAUCGGAGCAACCUAGUGAGCCUCGUGGGUCUCGUGGGCCAUCAUCUCAUGAACCAUCACACGUCUCACAGCUGCCUCCUGAAGACUGUUUCAGCUUUGAGGCUAGCUUCAAAAUGAUUGACAACUACUUGAGGGUGGCCGAGGCAGCAGAGCACGGCGAAGGCAGUCUUUCGAAGGCGCCUCCGUCUCCGACGAAGAGGAUGCCCCGUCAAAGCUCUAUCGCAAGCAUCGCCAGUGUUUUGAGUCUGUCGAGUGCCAAGACCCCGAGCUCAAAGUCGAGUCUCGGCGCUGGGGAGCGUCUGCAGCAAGAUCUCAACUUCGCACGAGGGUUCCCGUCCACACCAAUCUUGCCGCCCAUCGAGCGGACCGAUUUUGACAGCUUUACUCUCUUUACUAAUCCCAGUCUACAACCGCCACCAAUUGACGGAUCAGUGGCGUCAUCCAAAACAGCCAGUUGUGGGGAGCCUAGACCACCUCGGCUUCCCCGGAUUCUAGAUUCCCAGUUCGGCACAGGCCUGGGUCUGUCUUUUGGCGGGGAGUUGUCCUCGGCAUUGCCGACCUCGACGAUUGUCAAAGAAAAAACCAUCCAAGAACUGGUCGACGAGCAAAGAAUAGACGACGAUGACUCGGGCUACGUCACUGGGCGAUCUAGGCUCGAGCGAGACAUGGGUUUCUCCAAGGAGCAAUCCGCGCAGUGCAUCGAACUCAUCCACCACUGGCACAGAAAAGAAAGGUCGUUCACGCAGAUCAUCACGGCUUUCUCCUGUGACCCGCGGACCGAAAAGUCGGCCAAGUUUCCGCCUUCGGUGCGACAGAGGUUCAGCCGGUUGCUGGCGCCGUUUCUGGCUUUCAGCUUCGAGAUCCAGUACUACUGCGUCCGCUACAUCGACGAGUACCAGACGAAGAAGCGCCCACAACGGCCUGAGUGGAAAGAAGACAGAUGCGAUACAAUAGGGAGCGAAAUGAUCCGGAGCUUUCGUGAAGAAUUCCGGGGACUGGGUUCCAGCUCCGAGAGAAUUUGCGACUGCCAUAUCGGGUGUAUUUGCCCAAAAGCCUGCAGCAGCAGGGACGGGGGGGAGCCUCCGAAGCCGCUGACACCGCCGUCAUCCACCUUUUCCCAACAGUUGCAGACUAGAAGCGAUGGCGACGACAAUGAACCUGCGCUGCUCCAGCUGAGAGGAAAGCCAGACGACUUACCAAAAUGCUCUCGUAUUGACCUUUCUCCUACCACGUUCUGGCAGAAUGAACGGGAAAAGUGGGUCAAGGGGAAAGAGGUACAGGAAAUCCCGCCGUGGGAGCGAGACCAGCACGAGGAAAGUUACCCCAGAUACAGGAAAGGACAGUCUUCGAGAGGAAAGAACGAGAAGAAAGAGCAGAAGGAAACACAACAGAACACAAUCCACUGCCCAAGGCUGCCAGCCAUCAUUGACUACCCAUCAACGACUUCGUUCGGUUCCAAGAUAACGUCGACCUCGAAACCCGAAGCAGUAAGAGAGGCCAUGGUGAAAUUUUGCCGCCAAGUAUGGCUAAAACCAGGGAUCCCUCUAACCGGGCCGCAUGAAAUGGUCUUCAGGGCGCUCAGCUUGGUGAUCGAGGCGCUUGACUGCCUGGAGCAAUUCAUGGCCGAGAUGGUAUACCGAUAUCAAGUCACCGAGUCACCAGCAGAGUACUCGGCAAGUGCGCGGCGGAGGGCAAUGCGCCGCUUCUACUGCGAAAUGUUACCACAAGCCGGGGACCGUGUCUGGGGCGUGAUUUCCAUCCUCGAGGAGCAGACGGCGCUGAUUGCCGAGGUGCUAGACAGAUCGACACCGACGACGGUUUCAUCCAUGUUGACGGCAGAAAAUGAACGAUGGCAAGGUCGGCGUCCUUCCUGGACCCGAGCCUCGGCGGCCAAGGCGUUCAUGAGCGGCGGCGUGCCUGCCACGGGAAUCGUGAAUGUCUCCCUUCGUACGUCCCGCGACGGAACCACCGAAUCGUCACCAUCGGAUGACGGCGCCCAGUCAGCCACGAUGCCGCUGCUCGCACGCUCGUCAUCUGCAGGCUCGGACACAUCAUCGCAAGGGCGGCCGAAGCGGCACCAGCUUUGGCAGCAACUAGAAGUGGCCUGCGCCAAGGCCGAGUUCCGCGUGCUGGAGAAGCUGCACCGCUUCCCGAUGCUGGACGACGCCACGUAUUGGGGGUUCGAGCGCCUCGAGUGCCAGCUGCAGAGGCUGUGCGUGCACAACGGGCAGGACGGCGCAGGCGAGUCGUGCGCGCUGCGGUAUUCCGUCAUUGGACUGGUGCAGCAGAUCCUCGACCGCCACGGCGACCGGCGUCACCGGCGUCGCGACCGGCCCAUCUCCUACCCGGCCACCUACCCCUUCACCAGACUUCUGUUCCGGUGGCCGCGCCUGCUGAGGAGUGGCCGCAGCAACGCCGUGGUUUCCGAGAGGGCCGACGACGGCUGCAAGGGCAUCCCAGACUGCAAGGGCACCCCCGGCUGCAAGGGCAUUCCCGACUGGGUCACUCGUGUGUGGAGUUACGAGGGUAAGCGAAGGGAGAAAGGCAAGAUCGAGUCUUGA